AUGCACAGAUGUGAGCGUGAAUCCCCAGUAAAAGGGCCAUGUCCCCACAGCCAGAUACCCCAGUCCUCACAACAUUCAGGAGUCAUACCACUGCAUGCAGGAACAUUGGUGAGUGGAUCUGCACCUCCCAGCCCUCCUCAGUCCCUCUUCCUCCACAUAUCUCUUCUUCUUUUCAGUAGAAUGAGUGAGAGAGACAUACAGAACCUGAGCAAAUGGGUUUUCGUGCUCAGUCUCUGCCUUACCACGCUGUGGGGACGACUGACGCUGGCCUCCACGCAUCACCACAGAAGCCAUUCAGUGCAUGUAGAGCCCGGCACAUGCGAAGUCAUUGCAGCUCACCGGUGCUGCAACAAGAACAAGAUCGAGGAGCGCUCGCAGACGGUGAAAUGCUCCUGUUUCCCAGGGCAGGUGGCAGGGACAACGCGGGCAGCUCCCUCCUGUGUGGACGCCUCCAUCGUGCUGCAGAAGUGGUGGUGCCAGAUGGAGCCAUGUCUCGAUGGGGAGGAGUGCAAAGUGCUGCCUGACCUCUCGGGAUGGAGCUGCAGCAGUGGCAACAAAGUGAAGACGACCAAGGUCACUCGAUAGCCUCCAUGCCGCGUGGCACUGGCUGACCAGCCUUG